AGUAUAUAAAGUCGUUCCAUCAGUGGAAAUUCAGCAGCUCAUCUCGACAUCAGCAAAACUAACUUAACAUCUAAGCCAAGAAUUAAAACUUCUAUAAAUUCCACAAAAUGGCCUUCGGAAACGUCUACUUCCUCGUUUUUACGGCGCUGGUAGCCGUAAACAUAAUUUUUGCUGAUGAUACGCUUCUAUCAGACGAAAAUCAAGUCGACCUCACUGAGAGUGUAUCCCGUCAAGCAAGACAGGCCGAGGAACGACUAUUCUUCAACACUUUAACAACUCAAUGCAAUUACACGUCUAAUCCCGGUAACUAUUGCGCCAGCUGCACUCGAGCAGUUCGGUGUCAAUCUAACAACGUUGGAAUUGUGCGCCGCUGCAAUGGCUUAAUCUUACGGUACUGCAACGGUGGCCGCUGCUCAAUCUUCCCUGAUCCCGUCGCCUGCAACGGGACUAGCUCCGGCUAAAUUUGAGAACAUAACUCAAUCGCUACACUAACUGAUUUCGCAACACAAAUUACCUGAAAUUUAUAUAUUUUCAAUAGUUUCUUCAACUAAUGUAAUCCUUUAAUAAAUGUCUGUUAGCCAAAUA